GGCGUGUGAUGUAAUUUCGAGGCAGAUAUAAGUAUCGGCAAAAUAGAAUGGACAUGGCCAUGCCUUUCAACUUUGCCGAAAAAUCACAACUCCAACCCAGAGGACCUUCGGAUCUAACCAAGGAGAGUUACAGCAGACCUUCGUACACGGUUUAGCUACUGCAGACUUCAUGCAGUCAUAUAGAACUUGGCUUAUUCUUUUCACUGGAUAGUGUUGCGUAGGCUCCUGCAAUAGUCUUUGUCACUUUAUCAUUGACUUGUGAGUAACCGAAGAAUAUAUAUUAAAAAAUCCCGUAAGAACACCUGUGUCGCCACCGGCCAACUGUGAUGUAUGUCCAAGCGUCCCUUCUCCCGUUGCUGGUGUGGGGACUGGUGUGCAGCUCAGUGCGCACUGCCCCGUUCACCCGUAGGAUUAACGGGACUGUGCAACGGCAAUGGGAGACGCUCUACUCGCGUUCAUUGGCUCGAAACCCGUGGGAAAAAAGAGACUUAAACCGGGACGGUGACUACCUAAUGGGUAUAAAAAGACUGAGACGUCUGUACUGCAACGUUGGCAUUGGAUUUCAUAUUCAAGUCUCCCCAGAUGGAAAGAUAACGGGAGUGCAUAACGAAAAUAGAUACAGUCUUCUGGAAAUAUCUCCAGUGGAGAGGGGUGUGGUGACGCUUUUUGGGGUUCGUAGCGGCCUCUUCCUGGCCAUGAACAACAAAGGGAAGCUCUAUGGAUCUGGUCAUUUCAGUAACGAGUGCAAGUUCAAGGAGACACUUUUGGCUAACAACUACAAUGCUUAUGAGUCAGCGGCACACCCAGGGAUGUACAUAGGCCUGAGCAAGACAGGCAAAACCAAGAAGGGUAAUAGAGUGACUCCGGCCAUGACAGUGACACACUUCCUGCCAAGGAUCUGAACAGAGCGCCAUUGUGACGGCCGGGGUCUAACCAUGCACUUUCAACAUGUUUUCUACAGUGUGACGAGGAUGUGAUAUAUUUAAAUUAUUUAUUUAUGAUUUUCUGAGAUUUAUUUUUAUUUUGUGAUCUGUGGGAUAGCAGGUGAGGGAAAAUAAUGAAUGAGAGCCCUUUUUUUGGUUCUUUAAGUACACACAUAAACAACCAAAAACAUAUACAUCAGAUGUGAGCUGCUAAAAGUGUUUGAGAUAACUGAACUUUAAAUUAAGUUCCCACAUUAAUACAACAUAUAGAGAUGCCUGUUGCCAUAAAAUAAUCUUUUGUUGCAGAUACAACCCUUUCCUGUUUUGUAAAGUAUUGUUUAGAGCCCUAUAUGGUUCUUACUGAUCUGAAAAGGACACUCUGAAAUACAUUCUGAGGGUUUAUCUAACAAACAAGUUUGUGUGCAAAUUGCACUGUUUGUAAAUCGUAUUGUGAUGGUUAGUGAUUAGUUGAUUUGCCAGAGACCUGAUCUCAUGGGCAUGAAUUACACAGUUAGAACCAGAGAGAGCUAACCAUUGAGGAAAGAGACAAUAUUGUCACAGUUAGAGUAUAUAAAGAUUUCCUCAUGGAAAUAUUAGGGUCUUUUGUUCAACGGUUGUGAUGAUGUGCAAUUACAGAUAGGGAGGUCUCAAGCAUAAACUGAACAAUCCUAGUACCAUGAUCUGAGGUUUCUUAAAGCUGUGCCCUGUGGUUUUCUCAAUCCCAAGGUGCAUGUGAGUAUAAACAGAUCCCCACAAUUUACCCUAUCUGAAUAGCUUGCAUGUUUUUUGUGUUUUUUAGAGUCCUUGUAGUAUGUUUUGUCAGAGAAAAGGUGUGUGUCCAGAAAUUAUAUAUCAGUUUACUACCUCAUGAUGGAUCGGUUAUGUCUCCCUUGAAUUAGCUUUGAGGAUUGUGUUCUGUCUGUGUUUGUUUGUAUAUUUAACAGUAUCUGCCGCAGCAUGUUAAACUAUCCAGUAAACAGUUCCAUAGAGGAUCUUACUGUGAUCUGUUUGAUCAGGUGAACUAAAGGAACAAAUAAUUGUUGCCAUUGGUUGUCAGCAAGUAAUGGCAUUUCCAUAAUGUUCUCGUGUUUUUUUUAUUUCAUUUUUCAAAUGGCGUAAAUUGUGCCAAGUAUGUGACACUGUACAGUGCGUGAUGUUGAUCAUCUUCUGACCUGAGAUGAAACCUGUAUUUGGGAGUAAAUUUGAUCCAUCCAAACGUGGGAUUAAUACAAAUAUAACCAAAAGGAAUGUAAUUUUUUGCUGGCACUAGAUUCUGUCAGCGUGUAAGGAGUUAAGGUGUAGCUGGUGUAAACGUCAAACUGAACGUGGAUGUUAGACGUGUGUG